AUGGAUACAAAAAAUAUUGCUAAAGAAAUUGAUGAAUUCUUAAGGUUCUUCAUAGAUUUAUUUGAUUCUUGUGAUAGUAUCAGUCGGAUUCCUAUACGACUUCAACAAUACAUUGUUGAUCAAAAAUUUGAUUUUUCAAAAAUCAAAAGCAUUAUACAAAGUUCACAUGAGAACACACAAUAUAGAACAUUAUUAGGAUUUCUUUACAACCAUGGAAUCUUACUUGACCAAGAUUUCAAGCGUGCGUUCGAGGAUUACCAAAUAUCUGCUGAUCUAAACGAUGCCUAUGCACAACAUCUACUUGGAUUAUGUUACUAUGAUGGCGUUGGAACAAUCAAAAAUUUUGACAAAGCUUUCUAUUGGUGCUUCCGGUCAGCAGAAAAUGGCAAUUUAUCUGCAAUGACUACGUUGGGAUACUUUUACGAUCAUUCAAUUGGCU